AUGAAAUUGAGACAUCAACAUCCCUAUUUGAGCGCCAUGGUAAACAACGGCACAUGGAGCUACGAUCAUGAUCGUGAUGGUACUCACACCCAAUUGGCUGGCUGUGAAGUUCGCUUCCGUAAUGUUAAUUUCGAUACACAUGUGGCGAUACGUUACGAAAACGAUAUUCUAUCGGUAUCGACAGAUCUGGAAAAUCGCACUGAAUGGAAAAAUUGUUUUGUUGUAAAUAAUGUUGAAUUGCCAACGGGUUAUUUCUUUGGUCUAUCGGCAACAACGGGUGAUUUGUCCGACAAUCAUGAUAUUUUGAGUUUCAAAUUUUACGAUUUGGAUACGGAUGUUACGCCUGAUCAAAUUAUUGCCCGUGCCAACAUUAUACCCAAUGCCAAAACAUUCGAACCGCCACGUGAACAUAAAGAUGAUCCCAAACCAAGCAUGUCCAAUACAAAGAUAUUCUUUAUUUUACUCUUUGGAAUGUUGGCAGCUGUUGCUGUGGCCAUUUUCGCCAUCUCCUAUUUCAAGGAGAAAAAUGCCCGCAAACGCUUCUAUUAG